AGAGCUAAAACUAGCUUCACUUCGGUGUUCGCAGGAACGCUUGAGUUAGGCAUGCCUCUUUCUACAACGAUUACCAACUCUCCUGAACGAGAAUAAACGCUGUUUGCAAAGGAAAAUGGUGAUUUUUCUGGCAUUUUAUCCCGCCGUCGCUGCGUCGUCGAUGCUAUUGCUAGGGCUUGGAUCCCCGUGAGGAAAUAAAAUGAGUGAAGAUUCAACGAACCCAAACAACGAUGACAGUUAUGCGCGUGUGAGAGCAGUGGUCAUGACCCGGGAUGACUCCAGCGGUGGGUGGCUACCCUUGGGAGGUGGAGGCCUUAGCAGUGUCACCGUCUAUAAGGUCAGCCGGGCAGAGGACAGCAGCAGCAUCCACAGUGGAGGAAGUGGCAGCAGCCUCAGCCCUGGUAGCCCAAGUCCCAGCCCUAGUCCCAGUCCCACCACUGUGGAGUUCCACAUCAAGGGCGAAAGGCUCAAAGACAAAAUGGUGGUACUGGAGUGUAUUCUGUCAAGAGACCUAGUGUACAAUAAGGUCAACCCCAUCUUCCACCACUGGAGAAUCCAUGACAAGAAAUUUGGCCUGACGUUCCAGAGCCCUGCAGACGCUCGAGCCUUUGACAGGGGCAUACGCCGGGCCAUCGAGGACAUUAACCAAGGGUGCCGUUUGUUCGGUGAAGGAGAUACUCCCGAGGAUGGGCUACCGGUGUGCGUCGAGCCUCCAUCCAUCUGUUCUCCCAUGAAAGAGCCCUUCUCUCCUCUGAGUAAUGUCUCCACUGAGCCAUUCCGGGGCUACUACAUCCGCACCCAGCUCUUUGAUGACACCCGUCGCUACCUGCCUCCACAGUCGACUCGUCGUGUCAGUUUUCGUGUGGAUGAAGAGGAGAUCGUUCGCAUCAACCCACGUAAAGACGUCCGAGGCUACGAGGACUACCGCCACCCAGUCAUGAGCAGACGCGAUGUCGACCAUGACGACAUGGACUUCCCAACCCCCUUUAACAAACUGGACAGUAAGAAGUUUGAGUACCUCUUUCCUGAUGGCCCCGGUGGAGACUCUCACUCUGGCCCCGGGAUGGGCAUUGGAACAGGGAUGGGGCUGGGGCUGGGCAAAGACACGGCCAUUAAGACUCAGCCGUCCCCCCUUCUGAAGUCGAAGAAGGGCCGUCGGCGAAGAGAGGAUGGCGAGCGUUCGCGUUGCAUUUACUGUCGAGAAAUGUUCAACCAUGAAGACAACUGGCGGGGGCAGUGCCAGGACGCCCCUGACCCAAUCAAGCAGUGCAUCUACAAAGUCAGCUGCAUGCUCUGCGCCGAGAGCAUGCUGUACCACUGUAUGUCCGACUCAGAGGGGGACUACUCAGACCCCUGUUCGUGCGACACGUCUGACGAGCAGUUCUGCCUGCGCUGGCUGGCCCUGAUGGCGCUGUCCUUCAUCGCACCCUGCAUGUGCUGCUACCUGCCUCUGCGCGCCUGCCACCACUGUGGCGAGGCCUGCCAUUGCUGUGGGGGCAAGCACAAGGCAGCGGGAUGACCCCACACCGGACACAGGGACACCCUUAAAGCUUGCUAACAAAGGCAGUGGAUAAAAGCGGAAAAUUAUUAGCCGGCAUCCUUUUUUCAUUCCUUUCUCUCAGAAGGGGUGAUGUGUUGUUGAUCCCCAGCUCUGAGGGCUUUUGGAGAUUUCAGUUUGUGUUUGUCGCCGACAAGCAGCAGUGGAGAACAAACUAUAUGCUUUUUGGGAGCUCUGAGCAUCAAGUUAAACGCAGGAGCUUAAUCUGUGGUGACGAGGAGGACGAGACACCAUGAUUAACAGACUUGAAGAUGUUACACCUGUACACACACACACACACACACACACACACACACACAGCUCACAUUCACUCAUACAUUGACAAAGCCAGGCCACGAUGUGUAACUUUAUGAAGGAAAAAUAUAUUUUGUACAGAUAGUGACAACUAAAUGACAAAAAAGAAAACAAAGCUACAACUGUAUUGAGGACAGAAGUACUUGCGGUUUGAAAAUACUAAAAGGGAUGUGUUCUUGCUUUUUUUGUGACAGUUGGGUAACAGUGGCCUUUCCUUCACGGCUUCAGCGUUGGCUGACGAUGUAAUGACCAGAGAAAAUGCACUAAAUGCUCUCCCCUCCUGAUUCAAGGUGUUUCUGAAAAUUCUGUGGCAUGUUGUCCCACACGUUCAGUGUCAUUUUAAGUUUUGGGAGAUGUUCGUAAUGGAUGUAAAGCCAAAAUUUAUUUUAUAAAAAAGUAUAAUCUUUUAUUUAAAACAAAGAUUUUUAUGGGAAAAAAUAAAAAGCUCUUCAGGCGGGAUUCAGACAUUUUGAUCAGAUUUGAAAUGAAACAUCCAUGAGAGGAGGGGAACAAUCAGAUACAAACAUGUGACAAAAAUUCUCCCAGACAGUGAUUUCCUUUCUUGACAUGAGAAGAGUUGCAAACAGAACCCUGCUGACCCGUUUCUGUCAUGAAGCACACGCAGU